AUGGUAGAAGUAACUGCAGCUUGUAUCAUUAUUGGUGACGAAGUGCUAAAUGGAAAAGUCGUUGAUACGAAUUCCACCAUUUUCGCCAAGUACUGCUUUGACCAUGGAAUUCAAUUGAAAGAAAUUGCAACUAUAGGGGAUGAUGAAACUCAGAUCGUAAAUACUGUGAGAAGAUUAGUCAAGGAUCAUAAUUUUAUUAUUAGUACAGGUGGUAUUGGUCCCACCCAUGAUGAUAUCACUUAUGAAUGUAUGGCGAAAAGCUUUGAGUUGCCUUGUGAGCUAGAUGCAGAAUGCAAAGAGCGAAUGAGGCGUAAGUCCGAUCCCGAGGCAAGACUAGAUGCAGAUGCUCUGAAAGCGCAUUAUCAGAUGGCAACCAUGCCGAAGGGUCCCAGCGUUAAAAACUAUUAUGUAUGUGAUGAUCUAUGGGUACCCAUUUGUUCCAUUUCACACAAAGUCUACAUACUACCUGGUAUUCCUCAACUAUUUGCAAGAAUGCUAAAAGCAUUCACUCCUACGUUAAAGAAAAUCUAUAAUUUGGAAAAGGAUCCACGUGAAUACGUCCGUUAUUUUGUUAGAACACGAUUAACUGAGUCACAAAUUUCAAAAGAGUUAAAACAGAUUCAAGAUGAAUCGACAAAAGUUUCAGAUGCAAUUAAAAUUGGAUCAUACCCACAUUUUGGUAUGGGGUUCAAUACAGUUAGCAUUUUGGGCGAAAAGAAAGAUGAUGAAUAUUUAAAGGGCGCAGUUAACAGAGUUGUUAACAACCUCGAGGGAGAAGUUAUCUCUCCUGAACAGGAAGACAGGUUCUCCAAUCAGGAGUGA